AGACUUUACGAUACCUACAACUGGAUGGCCAACUACGCCGACCCAGGCUUCCAAGUCCACAAAGCAAUGGGACAGUGGGUGACGUUGCUCAUGUACCACCUGGCCGACGACCCUCUGAUCCCAUUCGACCUCCCCAACGCCGCCACCACCCUGCGCGCGCUAUUCGAAGACCUCCAAGACGACAUGGCCGAGCUCUUCCUGACCAUCACCGACCUCGACCUCAGCCCGCUCUCCGACGCCAUCGCGGAGUUCGAGACGGCGGCCGACAUGAUCGACAAGCUCGCCGGCCAAGCGCUAUCGCACAACGACACGGUGCUCCUGGGCGUCGUCAACUCCAAGUACCGCGACUUCAACCGCGGGUACGCCAGCCAGGGCACCCUGCCGGGCCGCCUGACUUACAACAACGUCGUCAGCGCCCCGGGGCUGGACAACGGGUACGGCGCGAGCGUGUUCCCUGCCGUCGGGGACAGCCUGGACCAGGGGGACAGGAGGCUGGCGGACGAGUGGAUCGUCAAGAGCGCGAAUGCCGUGCUGAGGGCUGCCGAGAUCUUGACGGUUUAG